AGCCUGAAAGCUCAUGUGACGUACUGAUACUUUUCACUGCGACUGUCUUCAUUAACUUGAAACCUCUCCGUUUUUAUGAUACAGCGGCUAUCAUGCGUUUUCACUUCAACCGGAGGAGUUGUUGCCGUAACCCUCCCAGCAUCCGUGAACCCGCCACCAUUUAUAGCCUCGCGGUGACAAACAAUCUUAUUAUGAGAUUUAAACUUUGCCUCGGCUAGACUGGAGGAUCAACAUGCGCUCCUUUCGCACUUAUUCCCCGCAGUUUCACAACUGAUACAGUAGCCUAAUACCUAUCUAGCCUACGCACCCGCCUCCUUUGAUUGCGGUUAAACGCCGGUGUCAGCUCUCGGGUGUAAUAGAAAAACCCCUAGCAGGACUCCGGGUCUGUUCAGCAUACAUAAAGGCGAGCGGUGAGAGGAGCUCAGCCCUGAAUUAAAUCACUCACCGCUAAAUGGAUCUUUGAGACUCUCCCUUGACACAGUCAGCCGCGGCUUUGUGCGUCUUCAACCCGAAAACAGAGAACUGGGAUUCUCUGUUUUAAUGUUUUAUUAUCAAACAGAACAAAUCUCCUGUCUCUUUGAAAAUGUCUUGUGUUCGUGGUGACAUACAGUAAGCUGCCAGCCUUGCAUCGGGAAGAGGCUCUUGCUCCGCGAUCGUCAAGCAGAGUUCAAAAGGAGAAAUCAGUUAACAUCUGCACUGCUGGAGGACACCAGGGAUGCUUUCUCACACUGAGGACUUCAACCUAGAUUCCAGAGGUUAUUCCUCCGUGCACAUAAAGAAGAAAGGAAGACAGUGGCAGAAACAAUAAGAUGAGACCAUUUAAUGAUGGUUACCUCUAAGAAGAAAAGCACAAGCCAACCUGAGAUGGUGAAAUCUCUUUUAAGCAUUACCACAACUUCACUGCAGACAAACCUCAAUGAAAGAAACUCUGUGUAAGGGCAGAUUCUCAAAAAAUGUUUUAAUUGGUACAUGGGGACAAUACCAUCCAUCAAUGAGAAGGAGACAAAUAAAAGGAUUGUUUCUGGCCCGGAGAACAGUUGAACAACCAGCUGAUUUUCCAGGAUUGUCUCAGCUGCACUGAAAACGCAGCAGUAUCACCCCUCUCAUUUUUUUGGCCCUGUACAUGACUCUCAGAAAAGCACCAAUGGCCUGCAGCUCAGGCAUGGUGAUGAGUGCCUUGUUUUGGUCUGUAGCCAUUGUAUAUUUGACUCAUAUUGGCAGAGUCAGUGGAGACUGCUGGUUAAUUGAGGGGGAAAAGGGCUUUGUAUGGCUUGCAAUUUGUAGCCAAAACCAACCACCUUAUGAGGCCAUCCCACAGCAUAUCAACAGCACCAUUGUGGACCUUCGUCUGAAUGAAAACAAAAUCAAAAGUAUCCAUUAUUCUGCCCUUAGUCGCUUUGCCAACUUGACCUACCUGAACCUAACAAAGAAUGAAAUCUCCUACAUAGAGGAUGGGGCCUUUUCUGCUCAGUUUAACUUACAAGUCCUUCAAAUGGGCUUCAACAAGUUGCGGAAUCUGACAGAGGGCAUCCUUAGAGGUUUAGGAAAGCUGCAGUACCUCUACCUCCAGGCAAACCUGAUUGAGACUGUGACACCCAAUGCCUUUUGGGAAUGCCCCAACAUUGAGAACAUUGACCUUUCCAUGAACCGAAUCCAGCAGUUAGACGGGUCCACGUUUACAAGUUUGACUAAACUAACCACCUGCGAGCUGUACACCAACCCUUUCAACUGCUCUUGUGAAUUAUUUGGUUUUGUCAAAUGGCUCACCAUUUUCCCAAACAGGACGAAUGAGCGGAUGGUCUGCGACUCCCCAUCUGAUGUCUCUGGUUAUAGCUUAUUGAAUCCAAACAAUCCAAAAUAUAGAAAUGCGCUUUACAUGCUAACCACUGUGUGUACUGAGGACUACGUGACUCCAUUUAUUUCUGUGCCCAUUGAGCCCACGACACCUGCGCUAGACUCCACACUCUGUGGGAUGGAAGAUUGUCCCUCAGGCACGGAACCAGAAGACAUUACCAUCAGUACAACUUACAACGAUGUGGAAGUAAACCCUCUGAUGAAACUGAAGCAAGUAUCAAAUACAGGUGCUAUCAUCACAGUUCAGAUUCCUCACCCCUACAAAAAGAUGUACAUCCUGGUUCAGUACAACAACAGCUUUUUCACAGAUAUUCAAAACCUGAAAGAUAUAAAGGAGGACAUUGAACUAAAAACUCUUAAACCCCACACUAACUACACAUACUGUGUUGCUUCGAUACGUAAUUCUCUAAGACACAACCACACUUGUCUGACACUCACUACUGGCCCUUGGAAUGGAAAGGAUAGAGUUGUAAACAAUGCAACUGCUACUCACUACAUUAUGACAAUCUUGGGCUGCCUCUUUAGCAUGGUCAUUUUUCUGGGUGUGGUCUACUAUUGCUUGCGAAGAAAGCGUCAGCAAGAUGAAAAGCACAAAAAAGCAGGUAGCCUGAAGAAAAAUAUAAUAGAACUCAAAUACGGACAAGAACUGGAGGGAGCGACUAUUUCUCGAAUGUCGCAGAAGCAGCUGCUGGCCGGGGAGAGCAUGGCACGUAUGCCGUACUUACCAUCUGCAGCUGAAAUGGAGCAGUACAAAUUUCAAGAGAUAAGUGAUACUCCUAAAAUGAUGAAAGGAAAUUACAUGGAGGUGCGAAGCAUGGACCACCAUGAACGCAGGGAGUGUGACAUGGGAAUGGCUGGGAAUAGCCAGGGGUCAGUGGCAGAGAUUUCAACCAUUGCAAAAGAGGUGGAUAAGGUCAAUCAGAUAAUUAACAAUUGUAUAGAUGCUCUAAAGUCAGAAUCCACCUCUUUUCAAGGGAAAUCUGGAGCAGUCUCCACUGCAGAGCCCCAGCUCGUACUAAUAUCAGAACACCCACAGAGUAAAUCUGGCCUUCUUUCCCCAGUGUAUACGGACAGCUAUCACCACUCUCUGCAGAGGCAUCGGACCUCUGAUGUCUCGCCAAAGAGGCCCAGCACUGCCACAGGAGGGCCCAUGCGAAGUCCCAGGCCUUAUCGCUCUGAAUCCAAGUACAUAGAGAAAACCUCCCCAACAGGAGAGACGAUGCUCACUGUAACACCUGCUGCCGCCAUCCUGAGGGCUGAGGCAGAGAAGAUCCGUCAUUAUGACCACCGGCACUCAUAUCCCGAUGCUCAGAUAGAGGAGCUUGAAAGACCUGACAGCCACAAGUCCUCCAUGUUGGAGCCUCUUACUCACUCCCGCGCCAGAGACUUGGCAUAUUCCCAGCUGUCAUCUCAGUAUCACAAUCUAAGCUACUCCUCCAGUCCCGAAUACUACUGCAAACCUUCACACAGCAUCUGGGAGCGAUUCAAACUCCACCGGAAACGGCACAAAGAUGAGGAAUACAUGGCUGCGGGCCAUGCACUGCGUAAGAAAGUCCAGUUUGCAAAGGAUGAGGACCUGCAUGAUAUUUUAGACUACUGGAAAGGUGUAUCAUCCCAACAGAAGUCAUAACCUCUUUGCAACCUCACACAUUGCAGAAAAGACACAAGAAACUCAUCUGACAAUUGAAUCAAUGGAAACUUCCAUAUUAUAAUCAACUACUUACUCACAUUCUCUUUUGACUGUGAGGAAAAUGGGGUAAAGAGUGUUUAAAUUUGUAAUAUUAUGUAAAGCAUUCAUCGGGAAAACUUUUAUCUAUUAAAGAGAAAAUAUAUUGCAAAUUAAUAAUAU